UAUGACGCUCGCUGUCUACUCUUACCAAGCGCUCAGUAUACACAGACGAGCCCUGUUCCAGAUAUGUUUUUUCUCAUUAAGAUUUUGACCAUAGGAGGAACAUUUUUAUGAAACGUACGCUCAUGGAGCAAAUGAUGCUUGUAUCUGUGGCAACACUGUGGUCUGAAAACACCAGUACGUCCCUGCCAUUCAGUCCAUCAGAGUCUCCUAACUCAGAAUGGGAAAUCGUCCACACCAUCAUCCCCCCGUACAUCUUCACCAUAUCCCUGUUAGGCCUUCUCUUUAACGGAUUUGUCCUGGGGGUGUUCCUCGCCCACAAGGAUCGACUGACUGUAGCGGAGAUCUAUCUGAGCAACCUCGUACUGGCUGACUUCAUUCUCCUGUGUGGCCUGCCCUUCUGGGCGAUGAACAUCCUCAACGACUUUAACUGGCCAUACGGAGAUGCCUUAUGCAAAAUGGUCAACUCUAUCGUCAUGAUCAAUUUCUACACCAGCAUCUACACCCUCGUCAUGAUUAGCCUUGACCGCUACCUGGCACUCGUAAAGACUAUGAAGGCCAGGUGGCUGAGACGGACACUUUAUGCCAAGGUGAUCUGCUUCAUCCUGUGGAUAUUAGGGCUCAUACUGAGCAUGCCAACCGUAGUUCACAGAAAGGUGAAGUUCAUCGAGGAGUACGAGACCAUGUCCUGUAUACUGGAUUAUAGUCAUGACAGCCCUUGGAAGUUGGCCCAUCAGAUUCUGAUGAACGUGGUGGGCUUUGUACUCCCUGUUCUGGUCAUUGUUUUCAGCACUGGGAACAUAAUCAAAGCUUUAGCACAGAGGUCGGAGAGUGUCGGUUUUCAUCACAUUAAUGACACAAAGGCCACAGUACUGGUGUAUGCUGUUACACUACUAUUCUUACUGUGUUGGGGUCCCUUCCAGGUAUUCACCUUCCUCGACACACUCUGUGAUGUCCAAGUGUUGGAUGAGACGCUGUGGUCCCACACUCUUGAUAUAGGAGGCCAGAUUUCAGUGUAUCUUGCCUUUCUCAACAGUGCUCUGAACCCACUGCUGUAUGCCUUCUCAGGGCAGUACUUUAGGAGGAAAGUUAGUGCCAUCUACAGGAGGACUAGACAUCAUCGCAGAGGAUCAGAUAUGACCACAUAUCAACGUUCUGUUGUCUCCACUUACAUUAACAGAACAGAGCAAAUUAAGACAGUCGUAAUUUUUAAUGCAAAGGAUCAGAUGUAACUCUUCAUGACAUCCUGUCCUCCACUUCCGUUGCUGCUUAUGGAAAAAGUGAUGCAAUACACAGGAUAUGAGUCUCAAAUUGUUAUUUCAUGAGACUUAACACAAUAAUAAUGCUGUUAUAGUUAACCAGCACUAUCAGAUUAUGUUUAAUACUAUGCUUCAUGGAAAUAAUUGACAAGUGAGAUCAUGGACAUAAUGUGUAGAAGAAAUAGAAGCAGAUUUUAUGUUUACAGUCUCCAUAAAGACACGUGUGUCUUGCUCUGCAUCCACACACUAUGUAUCUGAAUCUGUCUCUUUGAACUGUUACAUGGCCUUAUUGUUACUUGACUUGUGAUAUUUUAAUGUUAAAUACAUAAAACAAAACCAGCGAUAA